AUGUUGCACGGGUUGGGUGUACUUUUUGGAUACUAUGCGGUACAAAUUUUACGAUCGACGUGUGUUAUUCGAAUCAAUGAGUUGACUUUUAUAUAAACAAAAACGAGUAAUAAAAAUUGAUAAAGAAAUAAAUAAACGCGAGCUAGCUUGAAUGGGUUAAUGAAUACAACGGUGUUAAAUAAACAAAACAAAAAAAAAAUCAAAAGUCUGGAAAAAUAAUAAUAAUUCGGUUCGGACACAUUGUCAAAAUAUGUUUUUCGUUUGUUUUUGACAAUUUUAAUCAAUAAAUAUUUUCGGAAUUGGACGUAAAAAUUCAAUUAAUUUUUUAUCACAAAGAAAUUACAAUAAUGAAGACCGGAUUCAAUUGAAUUGAAAAACUUAAUUGUAAAUGGAAAAAUUGAAAUUAUGUGAAGUGACAAAAACAGAAUUUUGAGACUUUUUUGUUGUACAGGAACAAAAAAAAAGUUAAGUUACAAGCGAAUAGUGAAUGACUUUUGAAAAGAAAACUAGUUAUUGUAAGCAGUACAACCAAUUUUUUUUUUAUUUUUAAAUUAAAACGAACUUAAUAUUAAACCGCCUCUGCAUUUUAUUUUCACGUGCUACAUCAUAUUCCGUUGAUGUUCAACAAUUUUAAUAUCAAAAUGUAAAUCGGUCCUCCGAUAAACAUACGAACGUAGCUCGAAAUUUUAAUUGUUUCGAUCUCUUAAAUUGAAUAAAGCAGCAGCGGAAAGAAAAAUAAAAUAUUCAAAUUUAAGCCAAGCAUAUAAUUCAAAGUGAAAAAUAAGAAAUAAAAGUGUAGAACAUGCAAAUGACACAUCAACAACCAUUAUUAUAGUACUUUGAACUGCAGCAAGAUAAGUGCUGUGUUUCUUCACGUGCUGGGAAAACAGACAUCAAACCGACAACAAAUAAACUGGUUUUAACGUGGACCAAAUUCCAAUCGUAUCAUCCUAUUGAAUAGACGAAAGUUACAGUGAAAUUCUUUGAUUGUAGUAUAUCUGUGAUAAAUCCUAUUGAAUAAUAAUAAUAAUCUCUCUCACGUAAUCAAAUAGUCCGCUAAAUAUAGUUUUAAUUAGUGAAAGAAAUAGGUUCGACAAAAUAAAAUGGAAAUGAAGUCUGUGUUAAUGUGUUUUGUGCAUAUUUUCGUUAGUGCUGUGACGGGGAUUCAUUGGGAUCAUUCUGUAUUUUUAAAUGACGAUUAUCGCUUACUGUGGAGUACAAAGCAUCAGGACAUAACAUUCGAAAUACAAGUUCGAACACUAGGCUACGUUGGAUUCGGUUUUUCACGGAAUGGCCAUAAGCUUGGUGCUGAUGUUGCCAUUGGUUGGAUAGAUAAAGGCCAGACGUACUUUCAGGAUCGACACAUAAACCGAAAUGGGGAUGGCGAACCGUUUGUUGAUCCCUCUCAGGACUAUACAUUGUUGUUGGGAUAUGAGAAUGCAACUCACACAGUAAUGCGAUUUAAGCGGAAAUUGGACACAUGCGAUACUUCCCAUGAUAUUAGAGUGACGAAUGAUACCAUGCGAGUAGUUUACAUGUAUCAUCAAGAUGAUCCACUUUCGGGUUCAGUGAUUCCAGGAAGUUUACCAAAUCCCCAAUUAGCAUUUAAGGGAUACAUUCCGUUGUCACUAUUACAAAGAGCACAUGACGAACAAAAGAGCUUUGAAAUGGCGAACAAAGUGCACAGUAUAGAGUUACGCAAUGAGGAUGUCACAUUGCCAGAAUUCGACGAGACGUUACACUGGUGCAACGUGUUUGAUUUGAAUGAUAUCAGACAGAAACAACAUAUAAUCAAGUUCGAGCCAGUAUUUGAAUCGCCAAGUAGUAAACAGUAUUUGCAACAAAUUAUCCUGUACGAAUGUCAGGGAAAAUCUUCCACACUUGAAGCCAUGUCACGAGAACGAGGUCACCAUUGUAACAAUCGAAAUAAUCCGAAUAUUCCCUGUAACGCUGUGGUUGCAGUAUGGACCAAGGGAUCAGACGGUUUUACAUUUCCACCAGAAGUUGGCUACCCGCUAGACUCGUCGAAGGAACGUUUCUAUCUUAUGGAAACUCACUAUUAUAAUCCAAAUAUCCCAAAGGACCUGGAAAUGUUACACAUGGGGCCCAUUGCAGAUAACUCUGGAAUCAAAUUAUAUUACACGCAAACAUUACGAAAACAUGAUGCUGGCGUAUUGUCUAUUGGUAUGGAUCCCAAUUGGCGGCAUAUUAUCCCUCCCGGCCAUGAAAAAGUAAUUUCGGAGGGACACUGUGUUGACGAUUGUACAAGGAAAAGCUUUCCACCACAGGGCUUGUCAAUAUUUGCUGUGAUAAUGCAAACACACAACAGCAUCGGAAAAGAAGUUAAACUUCGUCAGAUACGUAAACAUGAAGAGCUAUUACCGAUUGCUUUUGAUGGGAAUCUUCAUGCGGGCUAUGCAGAAUAUCGAAAAAUAUCACCGCCAGCUAAAAUCUAUCCCGGUGAUAGAAUUGUGAUGGAGUGCCAGUACGAUAGCUCGGAUAGAGAAUCGAUUACACUUGGCGGACUGACACCGCGUGAAGAGGGCUGUAACGCUUUUGUGGUCUACUAUCCUCGGCAGAAAAAGCUUACAACUUGCCAUUCUCUACCCAGCUUGCCAACGGUUCUUCAUUCGUUGGGCAUCGAAGAAAUAGCAAUGUAUGUUCGAUGCAGAAUCAGUCAUUUGGCUUUUGUUGUGCUAAAUCGCUCUUGUUUUUUGAUAUAUAGGGACUCUAAUCCAGUGCUGAUCGCGUCUCCAACGGAACUCGCUGGCAUGACUCUGGAAUCGAGACUAAUCAGCUACGAUUGGGAAAAUCAAUUCGACAAAUUUCAGAAAGUGACCAGGAGUGGCUCAUUUCGACCGAUAUGUUUGGACGCACGGAAUAAUGUGUUAACGGGCACAGAUAACAUUGAACGAUUCAGCUCCAGUCCGACGAAAUUCUGGCGAGCACCCGCUGCUACCAUAUGCAGUACACGAAUUUCAUCAACAUCAUCUCACACAACAACAGCACAUGAUAGCAAAAACAUUUACGUUACUGAAAUGGUUACAAGGAAAAAAGGUGUCGAUGACAUUGAAGUGGAAUCUAUGAGUCUCAGCAAUUCGACCAGUCGAACUCAAACGCUAUUUGUUUUGUUGUUAUUGCAAGUGAUUUCCUUUGGAUUUGUUGUAACAUAAAAGGGAAAAAACUCAUUACCGAUGGUCAAACAACUGUAAAAGGGAUAUCAUUGGCUGUUAUGUAACAACUUGUUAUCGGCGAUAAUAAUGCGCACGGCUAUGGGUAUGACGUGUCGAACACAAGCAUUUUUUCUCUUUCUUUAUUUUGAUAUGAAACACAGAGUGUGCGAUGACACAUUUUUUCCUUACGUUUUCAUAUUGAGAUAUAGAUAUGUUUUAGCUUGAAAAUGCUGAAUUCGCUCAAUGUUUCGCAUACAAAAAAAAAUGUGAAGACGAGAAGAAAAUAAAAUAUUUCCAUAAAAAAAUGAAUUGUCUCAUUAUCGGUUUGAUACGGUUGUUGAGACAGUUCCGGAAAAGUGCCUUUCAAAUUAAUAGUCAUUAGUCCAUAAAAUGUGUGUAAUUUUACUAUGGCAAAUAUGCUCUAACUGGAAACUACUUUUAAAUUAAAUUGAUAGCGAUGACAAUGUUAGAGAUCGAUCAAACGUAAAGAACAGAUUUAAAAACAAAAAAAAACUAAAAAAAAAUAAUUGUAAAAUUUUAGAUGAAAUUUUUAUGGAAUUGUAUUCAAUGUAAUGUUGGAACGGAUGAAAAAGCUUUAUAAAAGUAAGCCAAAGAAAAUGUGAAUAAGAUAAGCAAUAUAUUAGGUAAUGUAAUAGGGUAUAUUAAAGCAACAGAAAAUGUAAAUUUAAAGAAAAAAAA